AUGGGUAACGGAAACAGAGCGAUUCAAAAGCGUGAAAGGAAUGCAGCAAAGACAAAAGGAGGUGAUGCAAAAUCACAACUGAAAGUUAACGAAAAAGCAUUAACAGUAAUCUGUCAAACAUGUCGUCAAACAUUCUUAUCAACUGUUCGGGAAGGAGAAUUAAAAGUUCAUGCGGAAAAUAAACAUAGUAAAACGAUCAAAGAUUGUUUUCCAAUGUUCACUCCUGCAUAA